GGAAGAUGGCAGCGGCUGCUGCAGCGACGGGAGCCAAAGUGAAAACCGUGAAAGAUGAGGUGGCACAGAACGCCAUCCACCGGGAGACCAUCCGAAAAGAGAACCGCUGCCAGAGGCUGGUCACCGAGUUCACCAUCAACCCCUUCCACAAGAUUCACGCCGUCACCGGGAAGCCGAUGGCAAGACACGACAAUCAGUACGAGGUCGCUGACGAAAACUUCCUGAAGAUAUUUCAUCACACGGCUCUGGAACCGACCAAGAAAUACACGGAACCUCAGACCACCAGCCAAGAGAUCGGAUGGAUCACACAGCCUCUGAUUAGCAUUGAUCGGAAGGACAGACGGCUACAUCACCACUGCCAGAAAACAGAGAUCACCACAUACAUGGAGGCCGCAUGGAGGAUGAAAGAGCAGCGCGUCAAUCUACAAUAAUACA